UUACGAGAACAGCUGAUUUAUGUUUAUGUUCGAAAAUCAACAAAUCAAUGUGAUAUUCUAACAAAAAUGGUGAGGAUCAAAAAUCGUUAUGUAGUCGUCAGGAUAGUGCCAGAAAAACCGACGAAUAUAUUAAAAAUUGACGAUGCCGUACUAGCAAAAUCUGUGCUGCGCAAUGUGAAAAAGUACUACGGCGACUAUGGACUGGGUACUGUAGAGCAUGGUUUUCGAGUGAAAUACUGUAAUGAACGCACGAAAAUAGCAAUAAUGAGAUGCCUACAUCGGUCACAUCGUACGUUGACGAGUACGCUGCCGUUGAUAACUAUGAUCGGAGAUGUGCGUGCAAAAUUCCAUACGCUUUACGUCGGUGCUACUAUAAUACAUUGCAACAAGUUCAUAAUAAAUCACCAGCAAAGAUUUUUGGACGAAAUGGUGGGUCAAAUCGCGUCUGCGAAGGAACGCAAGGACUUCAUCAAACGUGUUAUGGAAUUCGAUCUAGAGCAAUAGCAACGUUGUGUUUCAAUAGCAAUUUACUUAAUAUCGUAGAGUAAAUAAGUUUAAUUUUUUUUAUAUAUUUUUUUGUUUUUAUUUACACCCAUGGUAGUCUAAAGCUAUAAGAAAAAUGUUACAUUCAUACAUAAUUAGGUGGUAUAUCAAUUUAAUGAAGCACCGAAAUAAAUAAAGUGCUUUCUUGUUGGUAAUACAUAUGUA